AUGGAGUGGCUAUGGAACCGCCACAGACCGAGUGGGGGACCAGAGGAUAUCGGCGUUGGUCGCACGGUGUCUGUGCUGAUUCAUGACUUUGCUUUCGUGCUGCGGUGA